UGGAUGGAGGUCAGGUUUUGCUUGAGCAUUGAGCAUUGCCUUGGUUGCGCUACUUCUCCUCCUCCUCCUCCUCCUCCGUGAUCACUGUUUCGCCCUCGCCCUCAGUCCCACAAACUGUGUCCUUGAUUUCACAAUCAGCGCAACGGUCUGAAAGAAUUGGAUUGGAGAGAGCGGAGGAGCCAGUCAGCCAGCCAGCCCUAAAACAAGAACAAGAUGAACCGACGGAGGGAGCUCUGCAGGAAUUUCCAGCGGGGCAGCUGCCAGUUUGGUGAUCGCUGCAAGUUUCUGCAUGCUACGCAGCCACAGAGUAAACCUAAUCCUUUUGGAUUUGUCACUCAGAACCCUUCGCAGCCUCCGCAUACCGCCCAACAACAGAGGCCUAAUCCUUUUGGAUUUGGCGUUCAGAACAACUCCAAUGACAGAGAUGCAUCCAACUUUGGUGCCAGACGUCAGGUCCCAACCAAGCCGUUCGAAAAUAAGUGGACUAGGAAUUCAGUCACCAACCAAUCUCAACAAACUGAAGCACAACCUCAGGCACCUGUGCAUAAGUGUACAGACUCUGACUCGUGCAAACGCCAAAUUGCUGAUGAUUUCAAGAAUGAGGCACCUAUUUGGAAGCUUACAUGUUACGGCCACUGCAAAUAUGGUCCUUGUGACGUAAGUGGGGAUAUCAGUUAUGAAGAGUUACGAGCAGCAGCUUAUGAAGAUAGUAAACAAGGGUUGGGUUUGCAAUCAAUUGUUGAUAGAGAGAGGAAUCUACUGAAUUCCAAGUUAAUUGAAUUUGGCAAUUUACUCCAAAAUCCAUAUGUAGUUUCACAAAGUCCUAGCUUUGCUGGGAUGAGCCAGUUUCCUGGAACUAACAAUGGAAUGCAGUUACCCCAUACUCAAAGUAAUGGUCCUCCGUCAUUUUCAAGUUUCAGUCAGCUCAAGGCAUCCGCUAAUGUUGGAUCAAACAUUCUGUCUCAAGCGCCAGGGAUUCAACCAAGCACUCUAUUUGGACGGCCAAGCCUUCCACAGAAUAACGGUCAAUCCCCAGGUGGAUUAGAGAUGAAGUUUGGGACGGCAGGGGUAUUUGGUGGCCAAUUGUCAGCACAGAGACCAGGAAUUUCACCCAAUCCUAAUGCCUUUAACUUCAGCAAUGCUCUCAUGUCUACUGGAAACCAGUCAGUUCCAUUCCCUACAAGUCCACCACAGUUCUCCGGUAGCAUGAACAACCCAUUGCCAGGCUUUUCUCAUGGGCCUAAUCUUUCAUCAAAUGCAACCCCUUCCUCACCUACCAUUGAUGACGAAGAUGUUGGUUCUGGCAAUAAUGGUAUUUGGAUGAAAGAAAAGUGGGAAAAAGGGGAGAUACCAGAAGAAGAGCCUCCUCAGAGGUUCUGUUGAAAUUUAUCCACCACUGAAGAAAGAAUUUGAAGUCUAGGCUAGCAAUUUGAGAUCGUCUUACACCUGCAGCGCAGCUGAAGUCCUUUUCUUGGUCAAGGUUGUAUUUCGAGAAGAAUUCAGGUCUUCAUACUACUGGCCGGUUACUACUAUGUUUCUAGUGAACCAAAUGCAUGAGAAGGCUGAGUUGCAGGAAUUCUGGCAACUGGCCUGGGCAAAACCAGAACUCUUUUUCAAAUGUUUCUUAAGAUUUUUGUGGAUUUGGACAUGCAUGCUCUGCAUCCAUCAUGGUACUUGCAGUGGCAUAAGGAUUAUAUCAGGCUUGAUGCUCCUUCAUUCCCAUCUAUGCCAUUUGGCAUUCAAAAUGCGUUACAGAAUAUCUUGUGAACUUGGGAAAGACUCGAGGCUGGCUGUCUAAUUCAAGCAACUUUCUACUGUGUGAUCAAGUUUAGUUUGGUUCAGAUUGCCACAGCAAACUGCAUACUCUUAUGCUAAGAGUUAUUUGACA